CCAACUGGUAUCUAUCGCUGUGAUAUUCCAACUAAUGAUGUCCAUGAUGAUACUGACAUCUCAGUGAGAGACGCAGUCUAUGUGGGACUGUAUACUGCCAGUGGAGGUAACGUCUUGAUACCUGGUAGUUUGAGAUUUACCAGCCUCAAUGGAGCUAGUCCUCAGUUCACCCUCACCUGUAUCUCCACUGGUGGACCUGCUACCACUGUCACUUGGACCAGAGACUCCACCACUGUCACCCAAGGAACCCAGACUGUGUUGAAUGACCCAGUGACUGCACAGUACACCCACACUCUGACUGUGGCUGGGAGACAGGGAGGACUGUACACUUGUACUGUGAGCAACAACAAACCAUCUAUGGUCUCUGAAACCUUGACUGUCAGAGUUGCCUCAGCUCCUACUAACCUGACAUUAGAGGUUCAAAGUGGUGGUACAAGUGUCCUACUGACCUGGAUCCCACCUGAUCCACUGGGAGACACUACUGGCUACAGGAUCUCCUUCACUGGAGGAGGCAGCAGUGGUAGUGUAGAUGUUGGUGGUGGAUCUACCAACAACUACACUCUGACUGGUCUUAUAAGAGGGGAGACGUAUGACAUAUCGAUUGUAGGCACAUCAGAUCACAUCUCCAGUGAGAGUGUGGAGUUGAGUGUCACUCUAGUUCCUGGGCCAUAUUUGACAGUGGAAGUAAUAAUGAUGGGAGUCAGCUCCAUCUCCCUGUCGUGGCGUGUGUCUGGAGACGCAGUGGUGGGUUCAGAGGUGGUGUGGCGAGCUGUCAGUGGCCCUGGAGGCAGAGAUUCCAGCGGCUCCAUCACAUCCACCAGCUACACCAUACGUGAUCUCCAGACACUCUCUGUUUACAGUGUCACAGUUACUGUCCGCACGAUGUCCUUGGGAAAUUUCAGUGAAUCUGUCAUUGCCUUCACAGUUCCUGCAUGUGAAAGCAGUGGAUCAUCAUCAGAAGCUGUAGCUGCUCUUAGUGGCGUGUUGGGAGUGGUGAUUGUGAGUGCUAUAGCAGUGCAGGUUAUGGUGAUAGUCUUCUUCAUGAAGAAACUCCAAAGAGCUGAAGAAUACACUGCCACUCUUGCUGCACAACUAAAAAGAAGUGGUAUCACUGCUAGUGGGACAUCAUACACUCUGAAUGGUCUAGAGGAGGGAACUGAGUAUUCUAUCACUGUCACUGUCACUCUGACUGGGAAUAGAGGGACUCAAGAAGGCAGCACCACAGCCACCACACUAACUGCUGCUCCAUCCACCCCUCCUACUGAUGUGGUGGUGAGGGUGGAGAGUUCCACUAGUAUCACAGUCCAGUGGGGACCAGUGGAGUGUAUACAUCAGAAUGGAGAGAUAACAAGCUACUGGGUGACGUAUGGGGAGGAGGGGAGCAGCGAGGAAGCCAGGAAUGUUCAGAUGGUGUCAGGAGACUCCAGUGGAGGAAUGACCACAGUGUUUGGACUGACUAAAGAGACAGUCUACAUUGUGCAAGUGGCAGCAGUCACCAGUGGUGGUACUGGAGUCUACAGUGAUCCUCCCACGAUCCAGACUUCUGAUGGUGAGUAGACUCCUGUGGUUAUAGUUUAA